CCCGCGCUUGAUGACGUCAUACUUCUCGUGGCUUUUCUGUUUUCAUCUUUUCACGAUGAGACAUUGUUGUUUAUGAGUGGGAUUGUUACAAUUACAUGAUAGUGAUACCAGUGUAUCCCUUUGAGUCAGGGGUGAGACUUGUCUUCUAUUGAGCUGACAGUACAUCUUGCCUAACCUAGCAGCAUUCUACAAGUCUCCAGCGAGGAUGUCCGAGUCCUCCACCCCAGACCAUGGCCUCCGGUCAAGGCUAUCCUGCUCGUUCCUGGCCCAGCUGUGCGGAGACUAUCAGGAAUCAGACCUGGUCUGCCUGGACCAUUCCUACUCCCGGGCUUGGAAUGCUCAUCCUAACGCCAGCCAUGCCAAGCCUGCUCGCAUGCUUUUUGUUCCCAAGACCCUCCGACUUCAGCCUUCCAAACGGAACAUUGUUGAUGCUGACGCUGAGAUAGAUGUUGUAUCAGUAGGUCAAACACAUACCAUGCCCUAUGACCUUCAGAAAGCACAGUCUGUUAUGAAUGAGUGUGAGCGCUAUGUGAACUUUGCACGGACAGACCCCGAUGAUGUACGUAGCGAUGAGGACUGGGAGGAUAAACUAUCCAGAGUUGGCUGGACAGCCCACCAGAGUAAACUCUUCAACAAGAUUCUCAAGCAUCUCCAAGCCAAUCGACUGGCAAGACUGGCGUAUGACAAGGUGCCUAAUGAGCCAGUGAAGAGGAGGAUUCACGUUGAUAAGUGUGCCAAGCUGGUUCGACGGACCCUAGCUUCAGUAGGAUGGGAUCCCAAACUGACCCAGUGGCUUCAUGGAGUCUUGGUGGAUAACCUCAGCUCCUCGUUGCUAGCCAUCUAUCUGGACGUCCUUCAGAACCUCAAGUCUAAGGUUCCCACUCUGAUAGACAAGAUGGUACACCUCACCUCCUCUACGCGGAAGGUCAACACGACAAGCUCGGAAGCUCUUUCCCUCCUUCUCAAGAGGCCUUGGGAUCCAGCCGUUGGUCUACUCAGCUUUCAUAAACCAAAAAAGCUUCCUGGUGCCCCCAUCCUCCUGAUCGCCCCUGACGGCCCCGUCCACCCCUCCAUGCCGCAGUCCCGUCGCACCAGGUAUUGGAACUCUCAGCUGGGCAACCUGGGUAAGGUGGUCCCGGUCACCGUCCAUGCCCCGGAGGGUGGGGCAGGUAUCACCAUCGCACAGUGCCUGGAACACAUGAUAGGCUCGGUCAGGACUAAAGUAGCAGAGCUGAAGACCAACUUUCACAAUCGACCCAUCGUAUUGCUGGGCUGGUCUGUUGGCGCACUUGUAGCAUGCCAUGUAGCUAUUGUAGAGUCUGUCUCUGCAGUCAUCUGCCUGGGCUUCCCGAUGAGAGGAAUCACUGGAGAUAGAGGGGACCUGGAUGAGCCCCUCUUUGAGAGCAAGACCCCGACGUUCUUCGUGAUCGGGCAGGAGUCGAGCCAGUGCAACCAGGACAGUCUGGAGGACCUGAGGGAGAGGAUGAAGGCCGACACCACCCUUGUGGUGGUAGGCGGGGCCGAUGAUCGUCUCAGACUCCCCAAGGCCAAGAAGCUCCAUGAAGGCGUCACCCAGACCAUGGUGGAUAGGUGCAUCCUGGAUGAGGUUUCAGAGUUCCUUACUGUGGUACUAUCAUCCACCUACCAUGGAGCAGGAGAUGGGGAGGGUGAACAUCAUCACCACACCAAGAAGAAAGAGAAGGAGAAGAAGAAGAGAGUCCAGAGGAACCUCUCCACCGAGAUGAAAGGCAGGAAGACUCCCCCAGUGGCAGCAUCUAUCCCAGGGCGACGUUCCACCACUCCUUCAAGCCUUGCCGAGCAUGGCAUCUCCAGCCUGCCCUCCACUCCGAAGGCCACCAAAGCCAGCACCUCCCGCACACCUACCCCUACACCCAUGCUGCCUAUCACCUCCUCCUCCUCCUCCAGCGCCAUGAUAGCCCCACCACCACCACCUGCACCCCUGCCCACCUCCUCCAAGCCCCACUCCGCCCCUCCCGUCAUGCAGUUCACACCCUCCGGCCUCAAACCCUCCGCCUCCUCUUCUGCUCAAGCGACGCCCACCCAGAAGACCUCGUUCGCUGCCGCGCUCUCAUCCGGGAACCAGGCCAAGGAAUUCAGUUCGCAGUAUGCAGCGUACCUGGCCCGGGUGGCUAGUCAGAGCAAAGAAGAGAAGACACCCAAGACCAAAGGUUCGGUCAGGUUUGGAGGCCCGAAGGCGGCAGGUACACACGCUGGCACUGAAGGCAUCGAUGCUACAACCAUUAUAGUGAAACAGGCACCCAAGAGGAGUGCCACUCAGAGCCCAGCUACUGUACGACGGAAGCAGGUGAAGAUGGCUGACCUGCCAAUCAUCACCAGGGGCCAAACGGGCAGCACUGUCUCUGUGUCACCAUCCCCUGCACAGAUUAAAGGUGUGUCUAUUCACAACCCCACCCAGAGCGGCAGGCCUCCGACCACAUACACACUUGUUUCAACUACGCUAAGUUCUCAAGGUCCUGGAUCAUCGACGAGCACCACAGUGCAGGGACGACCGGUUGCAGGAACAAGGGUGACGAUUGAUUCUGGACAGUCCUUGACUCAGCUGCAGCAGAUGGGUGUUGUGUCUUCGGCAUCGUCCUCGUCUGGUGGAUCGCAGGGUAGUCUCCUGCAUGGCUUGAGCUUCAACAUCCAGGGGAGUCAGCUGAAGGAGACAUCCGGUGCCCAGAUGAGAGUCCUGGAAGGCAUGUUCAGCACCAAGCAGGGCUUUGGACAGGCCCUGACUAGUGCUGAGACCGGAGCUGGCAAGACAAGUGGACCCUCAAAGCCAUCAGGUCCAAAGGGAGCAGGUUCGGAGACAACAACGGUAUCAUCCUCAUCGUACUCUGGCAAGACGUCUAGCGUCCACUUCUCUGUAAGUGCCAACUCUGACGUGAAGACAUCCAGUCUGGCCAUGCACCUUCCGCACCUGAUCUCCACCGCUCUGAAAGCAGCACAGUCUGCCCCAGCCAAGUCGACUUGUGUCACUCUGGUCACGACUAAAGCUCCUCCAGUCAUGGCCAGGAGUUCUGGAGUCAAGUCCAGUACCCCAUCGGGUGUCAUCACGGGGAGCAAGUCCUCCAAGGUCUCAUCGGAUGUAUCUAUCUUGGGUCUAAUUGGGGCUCAGCAGAUUACCAGCACUAGCUCCAAGUCUUCAAAGAAGUCUUCGAAUGAGGAAAGAGAUGCACAGGUGCAAGCUAUUCAGAAGCUGCAGUUUCACGACUUCCCACUUACCACAGCCUCUUUGACUGUCACACAUAGCACUCAAUCAGUUACACAGGCAAAGAUCCUCAAAAACCUAGAGCAUGGCUCUCUACCCCUCACCAAAUUAGAACCAAGUGUCUCAGGAGGAAAAGCCACUUCGCAGUCUAAGACCAGUUUACAGUCCAAGUCUAUUUCCCAUUCGAAAGCUAGUUCCCACUCAAAGACGAUCACACCCGCAAUCAUCACUAACAAACUGCCUGCCAGAGAGUCUUUGAAUAAGGCUGCUGCUGCAGGCAAGAUAGUCACUGUGUCCUUAGGAUCUUCUUCAAUAUUGACAACAAGCACUUCCGACAGCGUAAGAGAAAAGACCAUGCCGGACACUGAUUCUGUAUCAUUGUCCAAACUGAAGGGCGUGAACUCCAAGAAAAGCCAAAGCCCCCAAAGUGAAGAUAGCUCCCAGGCUGUAGUCGAUCUUGACACUCUUCCUUUGGCCAAACUCAAGGAGCAUCUGAAGGAGAGCAAGUCAUCAUUUAAGACAUUAUCAGCACCCGCUACAACCACCAUCAAGAUUGUCUCCAGGCCAAAAGAUCCAGUCAUGUCCAUGUCCCAGAAACCUAAGCUGUCUGCCUCAGCCCCUUUCAUUGCCCUGUCCAGCAGCCUCAAGGCAAGCACCGAGCGGGCAGCGAGGGCUCAAAAGACCGUCAUGGUCACGACUGCAUCCAGACCACCCACACCUUCAUCGACCGCAGCAGGAAUGACCACCACCACCACGUCAUCCAUGUCCUCACUGGUAUCCACACCAGGUUUGACACUCCUGACCUCUACCGCCGCAUCCAGGCAACCAUUAUCCAGCCCAUUCCUGGUGGAGAAGACAUCCAAAAGCUCAGAAGCGGAGGGAUCACGCGAGUCUGUUGUGACUGUCCAACCGUCUGGUAAUAGUCGUACCAGGCGGGCCAGGGCCCCAAGACAGCUCUCGGAAUGAUAGAUAAAUGUAAUGUACAUUGAAUGUAUUUAAAAGUGUAAAUUAUGUAAGUAUAUAUUUGCACAUAUUGUAUAUAGACUCAUCUGUUGAGAACCUGAAUGGCAUUAACUCUGUAUUGAAGUAUAUUAGUUAACCCCCCCCCCCCCCCCCUCUCUAAAACUUAUCAGGCUAAUUGUCAAGACACUGUUCUAUGAUUGUUAUAGAAAUGAUAUCCUCUUCCUGGGCACAUGAUGUUUUAUGUGCCUUUAAUCUCACAUUAAUGUAAGAAUAUGGAUUUUGCUGUAAAGUAGCUCAAACACAUGACAUAUUUUUGCAUGUGCAGUUAUCAUGUUUUGUUUUUGUGUGUGUUCUUAAAUCUUAAUGGGUUUUUUAAUAUUUGUAUUAUUGCUGUUACUAUUGACAUAUUAAGACAAUCAUGUUCAUUUUUGUUAACAGUUUAUGAAUUUAGGAAUCAAAUAAUAUGGAAUACUCAAGCCAACCCUACAUCAGGCCAGAAUUUAAGCUCUGACAUUGCAAUAUUUUGCAUAAAAUUGUUAGAUGGUUGUAAAUAUAUUUGUUCAAAUUCAACACACCUAUAUUGUAUUGCUGUGCAUGGAGCUUGGGAGCUUGCAGAGUGGAGUAGGAGCCUCGAUUUGAGUUCCAUUUGGAUAUAUUCAUGGACAGAAUUUAAAGAGAAGGUUAAGUUCUGGGAAGAAAAAUAAUUUGUAAGUGUUUUCAUUGUAUUAUGCAAGUGUGGAGGAACAUCUGAUAUCAAAUGUGGCCUGAAAAGCAUGGCUCUUCAAAUGCUAUAAUAUUCUAAAUAUGGCAUGUAACAUCAUAAACGUCCCAUAUACAUAUUUCUGUGUACAGUGCUUGAAACUUUACCAAGACUGGGCCAAUUUUCUUAUCAUUUUGAUGAUUGCAGAACCUUGCAGUUUAGUGAGUAUACACACCAAUACUUAUAUGCUAGAUGGUCAACCUUUUCUUAACGAUUCCACACUAUUUCUUUCAAAAUGCAAUCGCAUGACCAGAACUCAACUUUAUCUUUAAAACAUCUCCUGCAUAUAUCCCUUCAUACACAUUGGACGAUAUAAGGCUCGUGCAAUCUUGUUUUCACAACCAGAACUUAACAUUACGGUAUCUUUGUGCAUUUUGAAAUGUCCAGUGCUCCAGGCACAUACAUUUUCUACUUGCAAGGUUGUCCCAAGUAUACAUACAGUGUCCAUGUAUCCAUAAUUGUGAAUUUCAUGUUGUGCAGUUUGCGUUGAAUUUUUAGCUGCUUUGUUUUCAUGUGUUGGCCUAAAUUAUAACCACAACAUAUAAUGAUUAUGGUAUAAUAUUUCUCACAUUUGAAGCCCAUCUGCACUAGUUUGGGCAGUUGGGAUUAGACCUCCUUGCAAGGUCACUGCCAGGUGGUUAUCUCAUCAAAUCGGUUCUCAAUUGAUAAUUAACACAUGCAUGUAUAAAUGCUGAUAUGGCAUCAGUUUACAUGUUUAACAUGAUGUAGUUUUCACUUCAGAAAUUGUUGAUUGAAAAUUAACUAUUUAGACGCAAGAGAAAGCCAAUAAUGUACAUGAUCGUAAAAUUUACACAAUUUGGAGUUUUACCAGGCUUUGCCAUUUUACAAAACCACAUCUUUGAGUUCACAGCGCAACAAGUAUUGUAUGUUUGUAACCACAAUGUAAAGCACACAAAAACAUUACAGAAUACAAAUUAUGCUUGAAAUUGAGGUUUCCACCACAAAUCAACUGAAGAUGUCUGGGGUCAUUUCCAAUGUUCGAAGCGAACAUAUUUUGAUGUUUUGCUGGUUGUAUACAUUGUAUUAAAAAUGUUCAUUACCUGGAAA